AUGAAAAAGCUUGUGCGUGAAAGCGUGACCGGUCCAUUGCCGGCCUUUGUUGAUCAACGAUCCGAGAAGUCACCGGGCACCGGGGCCUGCACACAGGAGCUUUACGGAUUCUCCAAUAUCAAUACGGGUGAAUGGACAGAUGGACUGGUCGCACUUCUGGUGCGAGAGGCCGUAAGCGACACUUCGGACAGCAAGAAAUGGGUGGUCUUUGACGGGCCCGUGGAUGCCAUCUGGAUCGAGAACAUGAACACGGUGCUGGAUGACAACAAGAUGCUCUGCCUCGCGAAUGGCGAGCGCAUCAAGCCGGGCACUCGAAAGCGUCGCUGUGCAGCCAAGAAGGAGGAGCCAGGGCUCCCGCCGACCAUGACCAUGCUCUUCGAGGUGGCCGACCUGAAGGUGGCCUCGCCAGCCACCGUGAGUCGCUGUGGCAUGGUGUACCUUGAGCCUGUCCACUUGGGCUGGAAGCCGCUUGUUCAGAGUUGGGCAGAGAAUUUCAAGAAAAAGUAUCCCAGCCACAGCGACACCCUGAAGAAGUGGGUCAUUGAUCUUUGCGACAAGGCCCUGCCCUUCCUGCGCGAGGAGUGCAAGGAGGCUCCCGGCAUCCCUUCGGUGGACACGAAUCUCGUGGCCUCCUUCCUAAAGAUGCUCACGACCUUCAUUUCUCCUCAGCAUGGCUUCAAGCUGGAGGAGGGCCGGGAAGGAAAGGCGACGCAAGCAGAGAACAAACACGAGAAGGUCCUUGCCCGCAUCUACUGUGCCUUCUCGGCCGUCUGGUCCCUGGGGGCGAACUUGCACGAGGCCUCCCGCAAGAAGUUCCAGGAUUUCUUGCGUGCGCCCUUGCAGAUGUUUUGCCCAGAAGUCGGGGACGAGGACAGAAAGCAAGCGAGUGCUGGCUAUUAG